AUGGCUCGUAGGCAGAGUGAUUGCCUCACUAAGUAUUUAUUAAAUACUUACGCAACUCCAUUCCAAUGUGUUGCAGUUGCUCAUGUUCGGGUCCAUGCAGUGAGAUGGACGGAGCUCCUAGAGGUCGUGGCGCGAGAGGGCGCGGUGCUAGAGGUCCGUGGCGGCAGAGCUGGUGGUAGAGCUGGAGGCCGAGCAGGCCGAGGUCGUGGUCGUGGACUUCCGGAGGAGUCGGGAGAGAGUGCGGCACCGAGUGUGCAUACUGCGUCGGUGACCCAGUCAGUUCCGUUGGCGGGUGAUGCCACUAUUGGCUCGUUUUCCGCCGGUGGUUCCACAGGGGGCUCCAGGAGUACCGCCAGUGGCAGAGGUGCAGCAUGUUGCUGCAGACGUUGCGCAGCCGGAGGCUGUGGGUGCGGGUGUGACCGUUAUUUGGAGUUUAUGGGCCACAUGCAGAGGAUUGGUACGCCUUUCUUCGAGGGCAGAGUUGGUCCGGAGGAGGCAGACGCGUGGCGUCAGAGAGUGGAGCGGAACUUUCAUUCGAUCCGUUGUCCUAUGGAGUACUGGGUGGAGUUAGCGGUCCACUAUUUGAGUGGCGAUGCUCAUUUGUGGUGGCAGGCCGCGGUGGGCCGGAGGGCAUUUUGGACUUGGGGCGACUUCCUUGUGGAGUUCAACGCCAAGUAUUUCCCGAGGCAGGCUCGUGAUCGUCUUCAGAUGCGGUUUAUGGGCAUUGAGCAGGGUUCGCGUUCUGUACGCGAGUAUGAUGAGGAGUUCAGCCGUCUGUUAGUGCAUGCGGGCUUUGGUAUGGAGGCUGAGCAUCAGUUGACGAACAGAUUUCUGGAGGGACUUCGCAAGGAUAUCCGGACGCUAUGCAGAGUACAGUUGCUCCUGCCUCGGGGUCAGCAGCAGCAGCCGCAGCAGCAGCAGCAGCGCAGAGGUGGUUCGAGUUUCAGUUCUGGUUCUGGCAGGGGCGGUUUGCCUGCGCAGGGUCAGAAGAGGAGUAGAGAGGAGUCUGGUGCUAGUCAGUACUCGUGGUGUUGUUGUUGUGGGAGUACGGAGCAUCGUAUGGCGAGUUGUCCCAGGAGAGAGGCGGUCAGCACCAGGGUGUGUACUACUUGCAAGGAGCCUGGGCAUAUCAAGCCCAUGUGUCCUAAGUUGCGGAGUAUGUCGGUGGCAGCGGUUCAGCCAGUAGCGGCUCAGCCAGUGAGUCAGAUCGCAGCAGUGCAGCCGCGGGUCAGAUUGCACCGGCACCGCGGGGUUACUCUUCAGUGGAGACUGGCGGGACUAGUCAGACCGGGCAGAUCACAGGUUCUCAACGCAAUUGAAUGUGUAGGGACCUUGUUAGUGGGCGGUUUUGAGUCCCACGUUUUAUUCGACUCUGGAGCAUCGAAUUGCUUCAUUACACCGGAGCGUGCCGAGAAGAGUGGCAUCCGGAGUAGCGCGGGCGAGAGCGCGGGCAUGGUCAAGGUGGCGGGAGGUGGAUUCUUGUCUACUUUGGGCCGUGCUAGAGGAGUCGAGAUCGAGAUUGCGGGGCAGUCAAUGCCAGCAGACUUAGUCAUCAGUCCGGUGGAGCUGUAUGACGUUAUUCUCGGGAUGGACUGGUUGUCACACUACAGAGUUCAUCUGGAUUGCUACAGAGGUAGAGUGGUCUUCGAGCGAGAUGCAGGGAGGUUGGUUUAUCAGGGAGUGAGACCGACUUCCGGGAGUAUUGUGAUAUCUGCUAUUCAGGCCGAGCAGUUGUUAGAGCGGGGCUGUGAGGCGUAUCUGGCGACGAUUUCUAUGUCUGAGUCAGGAGCUGGAGUUGUUAUGGGAGAUAUUGAGGUUGUCCAGGAUUUUGAGGAUGUCUUUCAGUCACUGAAGGGAUUACCACCAUCUCGGUCUGAUCCUUUCACGAUUGAGUUAGAGCCGGGGACAGCACCGAUAUCGAAGACGCCUUACAGGAUGGCGCCAGCUGAGUUGGCAGAGCUGAAGAAGCAGAUAGAGGACCUUUUGUCUAAGGGGUUCAUUCGACCGAGUGUUUCACCGUGGGGAGCACCGGUGUUGUUUGUGAAGAAGAAGGAUGGAGUUUCAGACUUUGUAUCGAUUACAGAGAUUGACUUGGCAUCGGGGUAUCAUCAGAUCCCGAUAGAUGAGGCAGAUGUCAGGAAGACUGCUUUCAGGACGCGUUAUGGGCAUUUUGAGUUUGUGGUUAUGCCUUUCGGUUUGACUAACGCGCCGGCAGCCUUCAUGAGAUUGAUGAACGACGUGUUCAGGGAGUAUUUGGACGUGUUCGUCAUCAUUUUCAUUGAUGAUAUUCUGGUAUACUCGAGGAGUCAGGAGGAGCAUGCGACUCACUUGAGGUUGGUUCUGGAGAAGCUUCGGGAGCAGAAGCUUUUUGCUAAGUUGAGCAAGUGCAGUUUCUGGCAGCGAGAGAUGGGAUUUCUUGGCCACAUUGUUUCUGCAGAGGGAGUUUCUGUGGAUCCGGCUAAGAUUGAGGCUAUCAGAGAUUGGCCUAGACCUAGUAGUGCCACCGAGAUCAGGAGUUUUCUGGGUUUGGCAGGAUACUACAGGAGGUUCGUCAAGGGGUUUGCUACCAUGGCGCAGCCGAUGACGAAGUUGACCGGGAAGGAUGUCCCUUUUUUGGUCAGCUGA